AUGUCACACGAAAACGCCAAGCCAACCCUGUCAACAGAAUGGAGCGACCUCUUCUCUAUAAACCGCACGUAUGAGCCAACAUCGUACAAAGCCCUCGACAACCUCGACCGCAAGCCUACUCUCGCAUUCCUGCAUCAUCUAUUCUGGGACGAAAUUCGUGCGUGGACGCAGAAUGAUGUUACCGAGAUGUCUGAAAUUACCCACCCGGACCUCACUGGCUCGGGAAAGAUCUUCAUCGGGGGCAUGAACCACGCGCUCAACGAGGAAAUCCUCGUCAGGCAUGACAUUCGCGCCGUGAUCACGAUACAUCCCAAGGACUCGCUGGCAUGGGACAAAAGCGACCCGAACGGUGGCCUGCGGCGAUUCGAGAACGGGGGCAGCAUUGUCGAGUGGCCACUAAUUAUCCCGCUCGAGGACAACGCCAACUCGAACCUCAUCGAGCACUUCGAUGAGACCAACGAAUUCAUCCAAAAACACUCCUCUGAGGGGAGGAACAUUCUUAUUCACUGCAAGUCGGGCAGGUCACGGUCGGUGGCCGUACUAAUCGCCUACCUUCAAAAGAAGUUCUACGAGGAGAAGCUGCAGCCCGUCGACGACAAAGACGAGGCGAGAAAUAGGAUGAAGGAGUACCGCGAGGCUGCGACAGAGUCAAUACGCAGCCAGAGGCUCCCCGUCAUCGUCAUUAUGGAGCGGUUCCAGGAUCUCUUGGCACUGUACGAUCUCCGACUCAUCGACCAUCCAGACUUUGAGAGAGACCAAAAGGCUCUCUUCCCUGCGCCCAUGUCUGCCAUCAGGAUGAUGCCCUCGCGCGUCGACUCCAUCCUCAAAGACCCCGCUGAUGAGAAGACACCUAUCAACACGCCCGCCACGCCGCCCAAUAGCAAGGUGGUGCAGACCAAGGGCGGGGCGGCGGUGCUCAAGAUCUGUGUGGCGUGGGUGUUCUUCAGGAGUAACCAGAAGCCUACAGAGGUGGUGAUUCACCAGUUCUUUGAGAUUAAUGAGGCGUACUUUUACGAGCUCGAGGGAUUGGAGUACAACGGGCGGUCGUACGCAGGGGUGAAGCACAUGUGCCCCGGAUUGGUGAAGUACUGUUUGGAUUAUGCCCGGGAGUAUAGACUGAUACUGCCACGCCAUACGGAGGAGCACGCCCUUUUGGUUAUUGAGAAGGCGAAGUGA